GCGAUUGCACUUUCCUCUUACUUUCAUUGGCUCACUGCAGUACUGGUCUCCAUCGAAUUCUUCUGGCUCUUACGGUUACUACUCUACCUAUAGGCCUAUCUGCGCGGCUGUACCAUCGCUAUACCUUGCCAUCAUAAUGUCUUCGAAAUACGACUCAAGACGCGAUCGAAGUAGAGAAAGAGGAGACCGUGAAAGACUACCCAGACAUCGCGAACCUCUUCCUCCCCCCCGCCCUCGAUACAGUAGGUCCAGGUCAAGAAGUCCACGUAGAGCUGACUACCGAGACAGAGACCGCGAUCGACGAUACCCUGACAGAGGGGACUCCGGAAGAGUCAGAGGUGACGAUAGACGAGGCGGAGAUAGAAGAGAUGACAGAAGGAGAGAUGACAGAGAUAGAAGGGACAUUAGGGAUCACGACUAUAAACACGACCGGGACGAUAAGAGAGACCUAGGACGACGCGAGCCCGGGAAGGAACGAGAACGAGAUUCUAGAGGCGACAUCCGCACCCAGGAACGUACACGUGAACUACAGAAGGCAAGUGAAGAUAUUCGCCCACCAACAGGAGAUAGAGAUACACCGCAACCUUCCCAUGCAGGACCAUCUGCUUCCGGGGCAGAAUCGAAACCACGCCAGGACUCCGAAGUUCCUUUGGAGGACGGCCAGGAAGGCGAAAUCAUGGACGUCACUGACGAAGCUGACGAAGCUAUGAUGGCUAUGAUGGGCCUAGCUGGCUUCGGAACUACAAAGGGAAGGCAUGUUGAAGGUAAUCAAGAAGGCGCUGUUGACGUCAAGAAAAUGCGUACAUGGCGACAGUACAUGAACCGACGUGGAGGAUUCAACAGGCCUUUGGACAAAAUCAAGUAGUCUGCGAUGCACAUUGUGCUUCGAACUUCUUUCUGCUUUUCGAUGCGUUCUGAGUUAAGUUGUUUUCGCACAUUGGACGAUCUGGUUUGCUUCUAUCUCAAUAUCGACAGCACGCCGAGAAGUUGCAGGUGCACCGUCCGCUCAGUAGGUCAUCCGAGUGCUAAUCGAUUCCAAGCAGCACUUUUACCUUAUGUGUGGCUCGUUGCGUCAAUACUGCAGGACGUCCCUGCUUUCGUUCGCUCCUUAGCUUACACUACCUGUAAUGAUGAUUCGGAGUAACGUUUAUGAAUUCAUGUAACGAUCACAGCAAAGAAUGCACGGUAUUAUGCAGUCCGAGUAGCAUUC